AUGGGUGCUGACCUGAUCCCAGAAAGUGAUGCAUCUGCGCUGUCUUUGCAGAGCAGUGGGGUGGAAUGCGGCAUCAGGUUGUUGCAAUUCCGUGCUGCUUCAACCGCGGAGCGCGAUGUCGUGGCCGAGACGGCUGUUCACGAAGUCAGCACAGCGAAGCCACCGCCUCCAGUGCCGUCUUUUGCAGAGCGGACUCCUACAAAGGUGCCGGCCGUACCGCCCCAACCUGUCAACAGCCGCGGCCGAGGGCCGAGCGCAAAGAGUCGGCCCAAAGCCCCUGCCGCCAGCGAUCGCAAGAAGUUGGACCUGGCCUUGUCAGCCGAAGUGGUCCAGGGGCCACCCAUACCCGAGGGCCGGCGUCGAUUUGCGCCUAUCCGUCCUGCCUCCCGGCCUCUGGGACUUGCAAAGCCAAAGCAGGCAGCAGCACCCACUGCAGAUGCAGCAGGUAGCGCCGUAACCUUCCGGCCCGGCAGGGCGAGGUGCCGGCAUGCCAACGAGACGCGGCACGGACCGCAUGUAAUAUGCGCAGAUUGCGGCGAGGAACUUCGCUUCGACGCCUGGCGACUGGAGCUAGUGGACGACAUGGAUCUGCAAUCGGUUUGA